AUGGCGCGGAUCAGGUCCCAGUCGCCGUCCUUUCCCGACCCAGUUGGUGAUGACGAUGCCGGUUGCCGAGUCCCCAACGCCCAGCUGGUUGGGGCCCUUGCCGUGGUCGCCGUGCCUCAUGCACAGGUACCCGAUGAUGGCCGGGUUCACCUUGGCGGCCGUGGUCGCCGUGCCUCGUGCACAGGUCUUGCUUCGGCUGCCAAGCACUGCCAGCUCCGUAGCCUCGUCGGCGGCCGGGGCGGGGCGGCGGCCGUCGACGAUGCCGAGGAGGAGGACGACGGCGACCUCGACGACGGCCUCCACCAGCCUUUUUCCGGAUGCCGCAGCAUCUCCACAUCGAGCCGGUCGACACCGCGGGCGGGGCGGCGGGCUUUGCCGGCAUCCUCUGCCGGUACCGCCGUCGCCCCAUUGUCGCGGGUUUGGCCCAACAGUCCUGUUGGUAGCUCUGCGCGCGCUGCUGGUUGA